AUGGCUGAUAAACUCCGCACCCUCCAGAACCUCGAAGCCCUGCAGGCCCGCCACAUCGGUACCGGCCACGCCGACACAACCAAGUACGAGUGGGAAUCCAACAUCAUCCGCGACAGCUACGCCUCGUACAUCGGGCACCCGCCGCUGCUGGCGUACAUGGCGGUGGGGAUGGGCGAGUCGAAGGAGAAGAUGCGGGUUGCGAUGAUUGAGAAGAUGGUGAGGGGUGCAGGGAAUCCGCCGGAGACGCAGGAAUAA